GUCAAUCCUUAUUAAAUUUAUCUACUUUUCUCUAUUAUAUUUUCAUGACUGAACCAAAAUCUGUGCUUAUGGUAUGUUUGGGCAACAUUUGUAGAUCGCCUAUUGCAGAAGCUUGUCUAAGAAAAAUUUUAGAAGAAAGUUAUAUUACAAAUUGGAAAGUAGAUAGUGCAGGUACAGGCGAUUAUCAUUUAGGUAAAUCUCCUGAUCAUCGAGCUAUGGCUAUAUUAAAAAAUCAUGAUAUAAAUUUUAGCCAUAAAGCUAGACAGGUACUUGUACAAGAAGAUUUUUACAAUUUUGAUUAUAUAUUAUGCAUGGAUCAGUCCAACAUUGAAAAUGUAAAAGCAUUACGCCCUUUAAAAUCAAAGGCAAAAAUUGAAUUGCUAGGAAAAUGGGACUAUAAAUUUCCAAAUAAAAACGUCCGUGAUCCAUAUUAUGAUAAAGAUCAAGAAAGCUUUGAAGAUGUCUAUCAACAAUGCAUAUAUUAUUGUACAAAUUUUUUUAAAGAUACUUUUUGCUAUGGGUUCUACUAUUCUGGAUCUCUUGACGUGACCAUGUGGAAAUGAUAAGUCUAUAGCUGCCAAAUGCUAGAGAUAUAUGGAAUAGAGGCCUGCAAUGGGAGGUUUUAGUUAAAAAGCCCGUCCACUAGUUGUUUUGAUUUUUUUAACCCGCCCACCCGCUUGCUUAUAAUUUUUUUAAAGUUUACCCACCCGCCCUUUUAUAAAUUUUGUUUAACCCGAUCUAAUGUUUAAAAAUGAUUUAUGGCUGGUUUGGCUCUUUAUUUAUUUAAAGGUAUUUAUAAGCAAUAUUAAAAACUAUUAUAAAUUGAAGUCUGUUCUGCUCAUUUCGCCUGAAAAAUAUUAAAAAUCCACCCGCCCACUACUUAAAUUUUUUUAACCCUCCCGCCACCAGCCCAAUGUUGAAAAUAUUUUGAAAACCUAACCAUGCCCGCCCGAAAUAUGGGCGAGUGGCAGGCUAAAAACUCGCCUAUUGCAGAUUACUGAUAUUAAACCUAUCCUAUAUCACUAAUCUUAUUGUGUUCUUCAAUAUAUCUUCUUUUUUAUUAUAUUGUAUAAAAUUUAUGAUUAUACAAUCACAUAAGCCAUUUAAAAACUUACUA